AUGAGCAAUACAAGUGCUGACGUGUAUAAUGAAGAAAAUAAAACUGUUAAAAAUUGUGAAAACGUGUCUUCCAUGCAAUUAAGUGUUUCGAACGUGCAGUCAGCGAUGCCAACUCAGCACGUUGAGAACGAAUUAUCUGCGUCUUCCAACGAGUCGUGUUCAUCGUCAAGUACUAGUUCGAGCGAAGAAGAGGAUCAACCGCCGCCAAAAAGACCACGAAAAGAACGCCACGUACGCAGCGAUUCUCGCGAUUCGUUUCGAGAAAUAGAUUUAAGGUUUGAACAGUUGUCUCGACAGUUGGUAAGUCAUUUAAAUAAUACGUUUUGCAACUACGUGGCAUCAUCAAACUCACAUCAGAAAGUGAGCACCGAAUCUAAUGUCAACCUAAGCGAUCCUUUUAGCAAUUCACCAAUAAUUAUUAAAGAUAUUGCACAAUUAGACGUGUCGGUUCAAGAACCACAGAUUCCAAAGGCAAACUCUGAUCGCGUGUCAAAGUUAAUUUCAAUGCAGAGGUUCAACUCCUCGGAUUGGAAUGGUGUACGAUAUGUAGACAUACAAAAGAAGUAUGUGGCAUUCCCUGCUUUUACCGAACUGAAAAUUAAUGAAGAGUUGCGUUUCUUAGAGCAUCAAAAUGGUCAGAAGUCUUUUUCAGAGUUUUGCUGCGUUAUCUAA